CGGGGCGGUGUAAAGUGAAAGCGGUGCGGGCGCGGCGCUGGUGGCGGGGCCUCAGCCGAGCCGCGGGGAUGCUCAGGGCUUGCGAACCGCGGCGGCCCAAGGAGGCGGAGGAGGCCGGCUGCAGCUCCAGGACCACUCCGCCAGUCCAAUCCAAACCGCUUACCUCUUUCCUAAUCCAGGAUAUCCUGCGGGACCACACAGGACGGCGUGGUGGCCACACCUGCAGCCCGCAGUCCCCGCGCCUCAGGGAUCCAUCACCGGACCCAGGGCCGGAGCCCGCAGGAGAAAGAGGCUGCGCCGGGGAGCCAGAGGAGAAGCCGAACACGGGGUCCAGAGCCGCGCUCGGGGAGGCCGAGACGCUUGCGGAGACCGAGCCAGCUAGGCACUUUGAGACCUAUCUGCUAGACUGUGAGGACACGGCAGGCACCUUCCCAACAAGCCUUCCGCAAACUGCCAAGCAACCACAGAAGCGCUCGCGAGCCGCCUUCUCCCACACUCAGGUCAUCGAGUUAGAGAGGAAGUUCAGCCAUCAGAAAUACCUGUCAGCCCCAGAAAGAGCACUCCUGGCCAAGAACCUCAAACUCACAGAGACCCAAGUGAAAAUAUGGUUCCAGAACAGACGUUACAAGACUAAGCGGAAGCAGCUCACCUCGGACCUGGGUGAGCUGGAGAAGCGCACCUCACUGCCGGCCCUGAAGGAGGAGGGAUUCUCACAGGCCUCCCUGGUCUCUGUGUAUAGCAACUACCCGUGCUACCCCUAUCUUUACUGCUUGGGCGGCUGGAGCCCUGCUUUCUGGUAGAAUCAGCCCAGAUGUCAGCUGGGUGUUCCCAAACUGCCUAGCCAUAGGGAGUUUCUCUCUGGAAAACCAAAGGGGCCAAGAUCAGGGAACACUGGGGAACUAUAGGGAUGCAGAUCAAAGCCAUUGGAGGUUUCGGUGCAAAUUCCAGAUUCAUCACCAGUGAACCCAUAAAGAUUCAGGGCAGUGCAUAUUUUAAUGCCCAAGUAAUUCCUGCAUUAUGUAGUGUAAGUCAUUGUUGCUUUUAGCUUCUGAUUUGAAGGGGAGCGAGAAAGUCAAGUGCUGUUUCUACUACCUUAUUUAAUUUUGGUUGUGGUACUGGCAAUCACUCCUGGGGUUCUGUUUGUUGCAAGUCCCUCUUCUUGUGUCACCAACUUUGAACAAGCAAAGCCACAAGGGUGAAAGGACACCCCAGAUGGGGAUGCUGCCUACUGAAUUAAAGUUCAAAUCAAAGCCUCUUGUUGGCCUUGGAUGGUGGCCCACAUUAUGCUGUGUGCCUGGGAGAGGGGGUGGUAGGGGGUCUCAAGGAGAACUGUGAUCUGCAUAGAUGAGCAUGGGCUGUGGAAAUGGGAGGGAAGAGAUGAAAACAGCAGCUUCUUCUUUUUAACGCGUAUGCCAAUGUUAGUAUUUACAGGAUGGCCAACACAGAACAAGAUGCACUUGCUGGGUUUUUAAGACAGGCUGUGUAAAUAAAGCUCUACAGCAAGGGCAAGGGCAUGCCAGAAGAUUCUC